AUGAAUAACGCUGAACAAUUUGAAGAACUUGAUACCGAUCAAAAUGGUCUUAUUAACUUCGACGAGUUUAUAACUAUGUUCACAGACAACACCAAUCAAUCUGAUUUUGGACACUGGAAAACGUUCUUUGACUUGGCAAACAAAGAAGAGAAUGGAUUUUUGACAUUAAAUGAAUUCGAACGUGUGAUGACAAACAUUGGCGAACUUAAAGACAAUUCUGAUAAAUCUUUAUUUACCGUCUAUUUCAAUUUAAUCGACGAUGAUAACAAUGGAAAAAUUGGUAUAAAACAAUUGGCCAGAUUUAUGAAAUGUAUAAAUACAGAAUUGACUGAAGAAGAAUUGAAAAAGGCUUUAACAGAGAUGGACGGUGAUGUUGAUGGAAAAGUAAAUUUAGAAGAAAUGCUCAAGUUUUUGACUGAGUAA